AUGAUACUCUUUGUUUUUAUUUUGUUUUCUCUUGCAGGCGAUAUUUUUGGGAAUGUCAUCACACCGGUCCACAAUGAAGUAUACAAAACAGAAAAGGACAUUAUAUCCCUGUCCUGCAACUACUCCUCAGCAGCGAGUCUAUAUUGGUAUCGCCAAUAUCCUGAAUCGGCUCCUGAAUUUCUUUUAGUAAUUCUACAUGCAAAUGGGAAAGUUUUACAGAAGUCUAAAGUUGUGGAACUAGAUCCUCGAUUCUCAGGAAAACUGAAUAAAGAGAAAACCCACACAUAUCUUGAAAUCUCCUCUGCUAAAGUGACAGACGCAGCAACGUACUACUGUGCCCUGGAGCCCACAGUGACAGGAAAAUAG